ACAUCAUCAGUCAUGGGAGGACAAAGUGGGUGUCACACAUUAAACCCAGGGAACCAUUGGUCGGCUCAGCUGGCAUCAAUCUCACAUUCCUUACAAAGCCAAUGUUCAGUCACGCUGGAUAUAGAACAGAUUCACAGAAGCUGACGCUGUGACCAAUGUCAACAAUCAUUUCUUCUUCACUGCUGAGGUCCCAUGUUCGAAGAUUCACAGUCUUGAAUGGACUUAAACGCAGCUCUGGUUGGCUCCAGGAGAGACGAACCAGGUCCCUACAUGUGGACAGUCCUCCUCAAAACCCCUCCCUAACCACCAGCUAUGUCCACGGCACCUCCUCUGUCUCUCUGCUCCCUCUGACUGUGGGUCAGUGCCUGGACAGGACAGUGGAGCGAUGGCCUGACCGUGAAGCCUUGGUCUUUUCUCAGGAUGGCAUCAGGAAGACCUUUGCACAGUUUCUUUGUGAUGUUGACAAAGCAGCUGCAGGUCUCCUCGCUCUGGGUCUGAGGCCAGGAGACCGACUGGGACUGUGGGGGCCCAACAGUUAUGAAUGGAUCCUUUUCCAGUUUGCCACGGCCAAAGCUGGAAUCAUAAUGGUUUCUUUAAACCCAUCCUAUCUAAAGCAGGAAGUGGAAUUCACCUUAAACAAGGUCCAGUGUAAGGCAGUGGUCUGUUCCACUUAUUACAAAAACCAGGACCUCUGUGCGACCCUGAAGGAGAUCUGCCCAGAAAUCGACUCAUCAACAGGUGGCGCCAUUCAAAGCCCCAGGCUGCCAGACCUGCACAUGGUGAUUGUGAUGGACAGCAGACAGUCAGGGAUGCUCCACGUGGACGAUGUGAUGCAGGCGGCAGAGAGUCGCCAUCACAGAGAGCUGAUGGACCUACAGAGCAGGCUGUCAUGUGACGAUCCCAUCAACAUUCAGUUCACAUCGGGAACGACUGGGAACCCAAAGGCAGCAGUUCUUUCACACCACGGUACAGUCAAUAACUCCUACUUAGCAGGUCUCCGAAUGGGUUAUACAACAAGACCGCAGGUACGAGUGUGUGUCCCUCUGCCUAUGUAUCACAUCUUUUGCUCCGUGACCGGAGGGCUGAUGAUGGGAGUACACGGUGUCACCCUCGUCUAUCCCAGUUCUACAUACAGUUCCAAAGCCAAUUUGGAGUCCAUUCAAAAUGAAAGGUGCAAUUUCCUGUAUGGCACUCCUACAAUGUUUAUUGAUCUGCUCGGCCAACCAGAUUUACACAAAUAUGAUGUGUCAUCACUCCAGUCUGGGAUCGUUUCUGGUGCUCUGUGUCCCCCUGAGAUCGUGUCCAAACUGAAGACAGACUUAAACAUGACUGACAUAGUUGCGGCAUAUGGAAUUACUGAAAUCAGCACCUUUGGAUUUCUUGGAUUUCCAGAAGACAACAAUGAGCUAAAAAUAAACACGGCUGGAUGUGUCAUGGCUCACACUGAGGCUAAAGUGGUGGAUCCUACCACCGGGAUGACGGUUCCUCUGGGUGAACCAGGAGAACUGAUGAUCAGAGGAACCGGUGUCAUGCUUGGUUACUGGGACGAUCCAGAGAAGACCAGAGAGGCUAUCACCGAGAGUCGAUGGUACAAGACUGGGGACACUGCCACCCUGAACAGUCUGGGAUACUGCCAAAUUGUAGGUCGUAUCAAGGACAUGAUCAUCCGUGGAGGAGAGAACAUCUACCCUGCUGAGAUAGAGCAGUUUCUCUAUACACAUCCCAAAGUCCACGAGGUGCAGGUGGUGGGGGUGAAGGAUGAGAGGCUGGGUGAGCAGGUCUGUGCCUGCAUCAGGCUGAAGGAGGGUCAGAGCUGCAGUACAGAGGAGAUUAGAGACUUCUGUAAAGGACAGAUGUCUCAUUUCAAAAUCCCCAAAUAUGUGGUCUUCAUUGACAGCUUCCCCAUGACUGUUUCUGGAAAGAUCAAGAAGAAUAUAUUGAGGCAGGACAUGGAGAAGAAACUGGGCCUGUAGUUGUAUGGACUGUUUUUAAAAAGUUUUUUUAACCAAUCCUAAACAUUUUAAUUGAAGAAGCACUGAAAUUGUAAUAGUUCAAAGAAAAUCAUUUUUUACAAAACAUAGUUUGGUAUGAAAUUUGAUUAUAUUCUUUGUAAAUAAAACACAUUUUGCUGCAAAUUUGAAGAAUGUGAUCUGGUGGAAUUGUGUUUAAAAUAAAAUAAUAUUACACCUACAA